AUCCAUAAAUAUUUUUUUAUAUAUAAGUCUACGUUUUGUUGCGUCUCGAGCAAGUGAAGAGAUAUAUAGAAGAGAGAAAGGGUAACUAAUUCUGUAACAAAAUUCUGUUACGCUUUUCAGAAUGGCAAGUUCAGAUCAACAACCAGAGAAAGCACAACCAGUGAUGAUAGUUGCAAUCGACGAGAGCGAACACAGUGCUUACGCUCUCAAAUGGACUCUUGAUCAUUUCUUCAACAACAACAAUCCUGUUUUCAAGCUUGUUCUUCUUCAUGCUAGACCUUCCGCUACUUCUUCUGUUGGUCUUGCUGGUCCUGUGUAUGCAGGAGCUGCUGAGGUUUUGCCGAUUGUGGAUUCUGAUUUGAGAAAGAUUGCUGCUAGAGUUGUUGAGAGUGCUAAACAGCUUUGCGUUAAGAAAUCGGUAAAUGAUGUGAUAGUGGAGGUGGUGGAAGGUGAUGCUAGAAAUGUUCUCUGUGAUACAGUGGAGAAAUACCAUGCUUCAAUAUUGGUUGUGGGAAGUCAUGGUUAUGGAGCUAUAAAAAGGGCGGUUUUAGGUAGUGUGAGUGACUAUUGUGCUCAUCAUGCUCAUUGCACUGUCAUGAUUGUGAAGAAGCCAAAAACCAAGCACUGAUCUAUACUGGCAUUUCCUUCAAAAAUAAACAUAUAAUCCUUUCAGCAAAAGAAAAAUAGAAAUGUUCUCAGAAAGUUUAUGACUUGGUUUGUCCUAUGGCAUGUCUGCUUUGUAGUUUAUGAUAGAAAGUAUGUAACUGUUGGAUUGUUGCCCCUACCUGGGGUUUACUUUGCUUUGUAUAUGAAAAACUAAGAUUAAUGUGUCUAUAAAGUGUUUUUCUCUUUCUCAAA